CACCCCCGGAGCUCUUGCCCCUCCAGGGCCGACGCUAGAGAAAGACUUUACUCCAGGGGCUUCUUCCUCACUGGGGAAUUGCUGGAAAGAGCAAACAAAAAGGCGCUGGUGUAGGCUCCAAAAUAAACAUCUGAAUUCGUGAUGGCAUCGACAGAGGCUGUUAAUGGAUUAAAAGUUUCAAAACAAAUAACGCUUUGGAAAAAGGGUUGAAUGUCUGCCUGUACUUCCAGGCAUGACCAUGGAGAAAAGUGGGAACAUACAAUUGGAGAUCCCUGACUUCAGCAACUCUGUUCUGAGCCAUCUCAACCAGCUGCGAAUGCAAGGCCGUCUCUGUGAUAUCGUGGUCAACGUGCAAGGACAAGCUUUUCGGGCUCACAAAGUAGUUCUGGCUGCCAGCUCUCCUUAUUUCCGGGAUCACAUGUCCUUGAAUGAAAUGAGUACUGUGUCCAUUUCUGUCAUCAAGAACCCUACUGUUUUUGAACAGCUCCUUUCUUUCUGUUACACAGGACGGAUAUGCCUGCAACUAGCAGAUAUUAUCAGCUACCUAACAGCUGCUAGUUUUCUGCAGAUGCAGCAUAUUAUAGACAAAUGUACCCAGAUCCUAGAGGGCAUUCAUUUCAAAAUUAAUGUGACUGAGGUUGAAGCAGAAUUAAGUCAAACAAGGACAAAGCACUCAGAGAGACCUCCAGAGUCUCACAGGGUUACACCACCUCUAAACCGCUCACUUAGCCCACGACAUAAUGCUACAAAGGGAAACUGGAGAGGACAGGUCAGUGCUGUGCUGGAUAUCAGAGAGCUCAGUCCCCCUGAAGAGUCCACCAGUCCUCAGAUAAUUGAGCAGAGUUCUGAUGUAGAGAGCCGGGAGCCCAUUCUUCGAAUCAACAGAGCAGGGCAGUGGUAUGUGGAAACAGGAAUAGCAGACCAAGGGGCGCGGAGCGGUGAUGAAGUUAGGGUUCUUGGAGCAGUGCACAUCAAAACUGAAAAUCUGGAAGAGUGGCUUGGGCCCGAGAAUCAGCCUUCUGGAGAAGAUGGAAGUAGUGCAGAAGAAGUCACGGCCAUGGUGAUUGACACCACCGGCCAUGGUUCCAUAGGACAGGAAAGUUACACUUUAGGGUCUUCAGGAACCAAGGUAGCUCGGCCAACCAGCAGUGAAGUUGACAGAUUUAGUCCCUCCGGCAGUGUUGUUUCCAUGACAGAAAGAUACAGAGCCAGAAGUGAGUCUCCUGGGAGAGUGGAUGAGCCUAAGCAACUUAGCUCCCAGGUAGAAGAGUCAGCAAUGAUGGGAGUUAGCGGCUAUGUGGAGUAUCUCCGAGAACAGGAGGUAUCUGAGAGGUGGUUCCGGUAUAAUCCCCGCCUCACCUGCAUCUACUGUGCCAAAUCUUUCAACCAAAAGGGAAGUCUGGACCGCCACAUGCGCCUGCAUAUGGGAAUAACACCCUUUGUCUGCCGCAUGUGUGGAAAAAAGUAUACCCGGAAAGAUCAGCUGGAAUAUCACAUCCGCAAGCACACAGGCAACAAGCCCUUUCACUGUCAUGUUUGUGGCAAAAGUUUCCCCUUCCAGGCCAUCUUGAAUCAACACUUUCGAAAAAACCACCCUGGCUGUAUACCCCUGGAAGGGCCUCAUAGCAUUUCUCCUGAAACGACUGUGACAUCCCGGCAAGCUGAGGAAGGGUCACCUUCUCAAGAAGAAAUGGUUGCUCCUGGGGAAUCUGCCCAGGGCUCAGUGUCUACUACUGGGCCAGAUUGAAACAUUGAGGGGGAAGGGGCAGACCCUCUUCCCCUCUGGGCGGUAAGCAGCCUAUAUCAAAAUCAUGGGCUGGUACUUAGAUUCACAAAAUGCCACAUCGCUUGACUAGAAGAUGUUCCCAUGGUGU